GGGUCGAUCCAGGAAAGAUGUGCGGCUUGUGCCGGCCAAUAUCUCGGAAUUGAUUGAUUUUUUUUUUGUGCUUCUCGAUGAGUUGUGCUGAUUGAGUUGUUUAUCUUGGUUACAUUGAAACAAAAAAGUAUAGGAUGCCUAAAGUGAAGCCGGUCGUUUCACUUUCCUCACAGUGUAUUAACCGUAUUAAAAGCAGUUUAAAAAUGUUUGAAAUUCCCCUCGAUGUUAAUCUUAUAGCAACAUGGAGGGGUAGUCCAUGGGACCGAAAAAGAAAAAGGACUGGCAGCGAGUCCGACAUCAAUCAUUUUCAAACAAUGCCCGUCGUUCUGUUGGAGGCUAUCAUCCAGUCUCUUUGUAGUCGCAAAUAUACGAUGGACUUGAAAUAUUUCAACAUCAGAUUUCUCAUUUCAACCGAGCUUCAAAAGUUAAAUGCUCCCAGUUACCCGUAUGACUAUGAACAAUUCUCAAAUUUCUUCCCCAAACUUGAAAAACUGCAAGUAUUAGUCUUGUGUUAUUCUAAAAUUGACGAUUCUUGUUUAAAAAUCAUAGGGACUUGGUGUAAAAACUUGAGGAUAUUGGAUGUAAAUGAAUGUGAUAAGUUGACGGAUACUGGCCUUGAAUGGUUAGUUCCGAAAACAGCCGAGCUGAGCAAGACCCUCCAGGAAUUGUUGGUGACCUGCCCUGUUGUAACCAAAAAAGGAAUAAUAAUGGCUCUGCAGAAUUGCCCGGCUCUGCGGGUCGUCGAGAAUGACCACAUCUUUGAUGUCUUAGUGGAAGUGGCUCAGCAGUCAGCGGAGUUAGCUCACACUAAUUUCGCCCGUCUACUCCUUUGCCCAGUUGGGGAAUAUUCAAGCGGCCAGCUGGGGUUAGUCGUGCGAUAUUGCCCUUCGCUUUUCUCUGUCACUAUUUCUGUUAAAGAAGGAUUGACAGAUAUUGAUCUGUUUUGCCUAACGAGUUUGAAGAACCUACAGAUACUCAAAUUCCCAUGCUCAGGUGAAGAGGAUGAAGAGUAUGAUGAGGAUGAAGAGGAUAAUGACGAAAUUACCUUUGACUUGGGCUUGGUUCCCGUACUGAAAGUAAUCGGAAGUUCAUUACAAGUUCUCGACCUAUCGUACUUUGAAUUCGUUGACAUUUGGACCCUCGUCAAGUUUUGCCCCAAUUUAAUAUCCUUGACAUUCGACAAUCAAUGCCACAGUUUAAGUGCCUUGUCUGAAAACGAAAUAAUUCAACUGCGCAAUGAAAAAGGGCAAGUUUACUUUCGACAUCUUAAGGAUCUCGUCUGCGGCUUCAACCUUUCACAUGACAUUCUAUUUGAUUUGUUAUCUUGUCCUUUACUAGAGAGCGUUUACAUAGAAUAUGGUGACGCGCUCACUGACGAUUUGUUACAACAAGUCAUAGCGAAUGGCUUCCUGAAAAAUCUUAAGUUACUAAGUUUAGAAUCCUGUGAUUUAGUGACAAAGGAGGGAUUAGAUCCAUUAGUGAUAAAUGACAAUAAUCUUGAACAAAUUAUUUUCCAAUUUUGUGAAAAGAUAACCAAACAAAAUGUUUGGGAUUGGCUCAACUUUGCUCGUCGUAAAAAUUGGAAGCUGCGUUUAGAAUUCCAGAAUGUUGAUACUAAAAUUAAGGUUUUCUAUGAAACGUAAAUUAAUAGCCUGUAGGCCCACUAAAAAAAAUACACACAACGCACUUAUUUUAUUUUUGGUGUAGAUA